UGUAUGUCAUUUUUGCAAGCACUGAGAGGAGCGCCUUGUGGUUUUUUAAACUACAAUCCCCAGAUUUCCUAGGAAGAUGGACGGUCCGUUACGUUCCUAAACACACAGUGAAAAGUCGAUGGGAAAAAAAGAACAGCUUCCGUGUUUUGGGGUCCUGUAACAGUGACAACUGCGUAAGGUAAAACAAAAUUGAUAAAUCCCCUGUUAGCCCGUUAGAAUGAAUUUUUAAACACAGCGCGUAACAAUUGUUUUAAGAAAAAAUGUCGCUUCAGCAGGGUUCGAAGAAAAAGGACAAGCAUAUUUUGUCUGGUACCUGCCCAGAUCCAAAGUGCCAGGCGAGGUUGUUUUUCCCUGCUUAUGGCUCUGUUAGUAUUGAAUGUACCGAGUGCGGACAGCGCCAUGAACAGAAGAACCUCCAAAAUGUGGAAGAAGUCACCGACCCGGACGUGGUGCUUCACAAUCUGCUCAGAAACGCUCUACUUGGGGUGACGGGUGCCCCCAAAAAGGGGACCGAGUUGGUGAAAGUGAUGGGACUGUCCAACUACCACUGUAAGCUGCUGUCUCCAAUUCUCACCAGGUAUGGCAUGGAUAAACAAACAGGGAAAGCCAAGCUAUUGAGGGAAAUGAACCAGGGAGAAAUGUUUGACUGUUCUCUUUUGGGGGAUAGGGCAUUUCUAAUUGAACAGGAGCAUGUGAGUACUGUUGGCUAUGGCAAAGAUCGUUCAGGGAGCCUUAUUUACUUGCAGGACACUCUGGAGGAGAUAAAGAAAGCCAAUGGGAAUCAAGAGUGCCUGAUCCCUGUGCAUGUUGAUGGAGAUGGCCACUGCUUGGUCCAUGCUGUGUCCAGGGCACUUGUGGGUAGAGAGCUAUUCUGGCAUGCUUUACGGGAGAACUUGAAACAGAAUUUCAAGGAAAACUUAGAUCGCUAUAAUGCACUUUUUCAAGACUUUAUUGAUGCAGCUGAAUGGGAAGACAUCAUCAAUGAGUGUGACCCCUUGUUUGUCCCACCUGAGGGGGUACCACUGGGACUGCGGAAUAUUCAUAUUUUUGGACUGGCAAAUGUGCUGCACCGGCCUAUCAUCCUGUUGGAUUCUCUGAGUGGAAUGAGAAGCUCUGGUGAUUACUCUGCUACUUUUCUGCCUGGACUGGUGCCUGAAGAAAAGUGCAUGGGAAAGGACGGGCAGUUUAACAAGCCAAUCUGUAUCGCCUGGAGCAGCUCGGGUCGCAACCAUUACAUUCCUCUUGUUGGAAUUAAGAAUGCUUCUUUACCUAAACUGCCUCCGAGGCUGCUCCCCAAAGCCUGGGGAGUCCCACAAGAACUUAUUAAAAAGUACAUCAAAUUAGAGGCAGAUGGGAGCUGUAUAAUUGGAGGGGACAGAAGCCUGCAGGAUAAAUAUCUGAUGAGACUGGUUCAUUCAAUGGAAGAGGUCUUCAUGGACAAGCAUGCCAUCCACCCUUCACUGGUGGCAGACGUAAAUCAGUAUGUGUACAGGAGGACUGGUGUAAUAGGAGUCCAGCCUGAAGAAGUUACUGAGGCUGCCAGAAAAGCAGUGAUGGAAAACCGCCUUCACCGGUGCUUGAUCUGUAAUGCACUUUCAGAGCUUCACGUGCCUCCAGAGUGGCUAGCCCCAGGCGGAAAGCUAUAUAACCUGGCCAAAACCACACAUGAGCAACUCAGGGCUGACAAAAACUACAGCUUUCCUCUGAACAACCUGGUGUGCUCUUAUGACCCUGUAAAGGAUGUUCUUAUGCCUGACUACAAGUCAAGCCAUUUGAAUUCCUGCAAUUAUUGCCACGGCACCUCUGUGCGCCACAUCCGGGGGGAUGGCUCUGUUGUUUACUUGGAUGGAGACAGAACUAAUACUAGGUCCCAUGGAGGCAAGUGCGGCUGUGGGUUCAAGCAUUUCUGGGACGGGAAGGAAUAUGAUAACCUGCCUGAGGCCUUUCCUAUCACCUUGGAGUGGAGCGGACGAGUAGUGAGGGAAACUGUUUACUGGUUCCAAUACGAAAUUGAGCCAUCAUUAAACAGCAAUGUUUAUGAUGUUGCAAUGAAGCUAGUCACCAAACAUUUCCCUGGGGAGUUUGGGAGCGAGAUCCUAGUCCAGAAGGUGGUGAACACCAUUUUAAAUCACACAGCCAAAAAGAACCCAGAUGAAUACACCCCUGUUUCCAUUGAUGGGGCACAUGCUCAGAGGCUUGAGGAUGUGCAAGAGGGGCAAGUAGAUGUGGAUGUGCAGCCACCAACAAAAAUAAUCUUAACUGGGCAGAAAGCAAAGACGCUGCACAAGGAGGAGCUUAACAUGAGCAAGGCAGAGCGCAGCGUACAGCAGAGCAUCGCAGAGCAUGCUUCUGUAAUGCAGAAAAAAAGAACUGACAAGUUGAAACAAGUGCAAAAGGGACAGGCUAGGUCAACCUCCCCUGGACCAGCCCGAGAUGGACUCUCCUCUGCUCCAGUCACCCCCACCAAAGCCCCCUACUCCCCCAAAUCUAGCAAGGAAAAGAAGAUCCGUGUAACCACCACUGAUGGCCGGCAGGCCAUGCUGACGCUCCAGACAGGGACAACCUUUUCCCAGCUGCAGAAUAGCAUUGCCAAAGAAUUUAGUGUCCCUCCAGCCCUGCAGUGCAUCCGCUAUGGUUUCCCUCCCAAGGAGCUCUCCCCCCCAAAAGAGGGAAUGGAGAAUGAGCCUGUGCCGCUGCAGCAUGGUGACAGGGUGACCGUGGAGAUUCUAAAGGACCCCAGGGAGGAGGAGGAGGAGGAAGCAGCAUCCCACACAGCUUCCACAUCCAUGUCUACAUCUUUACUCCAUUCCGUCAGGAGUGAGGAGCCAGCAAGUUCGAGCAGAAUUACUUCCAGAGAACUCCAGGACCACAUUGAUCUGGAGAUGUCUUCACUCUGCCUUUUGGCAACCUUAAUGGGAGAAGAUGUUUGGUCUUAUGCAAAAAAGCUGCCUCACUUGUUUCAGCAUGGUGGAGUGUUUCACAACAUUAUGAAGAAAGACAUGGGUCUUGUGGAUGGUAAGCAUUGCACUUUACCCCACAUCCCUGGUAAGACCUUUGUAUUCAAUGCAGCGGAAGACCGGUUAGAAUUGUGCGUGGAUGCUGCAGGACAUUUUCCAGUAGGUCCUGAUGUUGAAGACCUGGUGAAAGAGGCCUUAAAUCAGCUCCAGUCAGAGGUUGCCUCAAGAAGCAGAGAGGGUAGUCCCUCGCAUGGCGUGCUUAAACUUGGGAGUGGAGGUGUGGUGAGGAAGAAAUCUGAGCAGCCACACAAUGUAAUGGCUUUUCAGGGAAAAGGACAUUCUCUAGGAACUGCGUCUGGCAGCUCUCCUCCAGACCAGAAGUCGAGAGAAAAGCAAAUCUCUAGAAAGCACAGCAGCGGGGUAGAUUUGAGCGCUAGUGUUUCUAAGCAAGGGGCUUCCCUGACUGAAAUUUCUGAUGACGCCAAAGAGCUUAUCCGUAUGGCUCCCGGGUUUGUGACUCUGAAAGAUGGAAGGAACCUGGACCCAAACGUGAUUGAGGCCCAGCGUAAAAAGCUGCAAGAAAUGGUUUCUUCCAUUCAGGCCUCAAUGGAUAAACAUUUGCGGGAGCAAAACGUAGGGGAUUCCCUACUUGCCGACCCUGCUCCAAGGAAACCGGAUGCUGGAAACUCAGCAAGUAGGACAGAAAAUGCCCCGGCGAGUGUGACAGAGUCUGUUCAUGGCAUGGAAGUGGCUGCUAUUGGCAUAGCAGAUCUUGUGGAAAUGACACUUCCCACUGCUUCUGCGAGUAGAGCUCAGGAGAGAAAUGUCAUCAGUGAGGAACUGGAAGAAAUGGAUAGCCAGGACACAGAGCUGACAGGUGCUACUGAGCCAAUGGAUCACUCUUGAUUAGAAAGGUGGUCUACAAACCUUUUAUGGUGCAGAAAGAGAAAUCAUACGAAUACAAUGAUACUUGCAUAGGCUAGUCUGUAUUAAGGAGGCUUGUCGUAGUAAGUUCAUCAGGUUGUAUUAAAAUAUAGGGAUUCCUUAUUUUAUCUCUGUUUACUGCAUGACAGCAAGUAUAAGAUUGGUUGUGCAUAUGACAGCUUCUGCCUUUCUGCUACCACAGGCUGAUUCUGAAAUUCCUGUAAAUAGGACAUACAGCUAUGGCCAAAAGUUUUGCAUCACCUAGAAUUUUGGGCUUGAGCCAGAAUUAAAAAAAACAAAACAAAAAAAAUAAACCUAUGAACAUAAUUUAGAUAUUUUAUUUGACAUCGUGUAAUUAAAGAAACUACAAAAUUAUAUUGCAAAAGUCUACCGGAAACCAGAUUUAGAUUUCGAAAUGUCACAUUUUUCAAUUUGUCAGUUUUUUGUUAAGCAUAUGUAAAACUACAAAAUUAUAUGGAAUUCAAUAUGUUAACAUACCAUUAUUCAACUGGUUUAAUUCGACUUUAUGAAGCAAAAUUAGUUAAUUCUAUAGGGUGAUGCAAAACUGUUGGCCAGAGCUGAACACUGUGAAAAACCUCUUCUAUGGGUGGGGUUCAUGAUCUGGAACUCAGGUAUCUGAGUCUUAAUUCCUAAAAAAAAAUACUCUUUAAGAGUUGAGGGUACUAAGGUCACAUAUUUGGUGAUAGAAUUUGACUAAAAGAGGAACUGCUUGUUAAAUACUUUUUGGGAUUUUAAAGCCUGGAGUCGACAGAAAACAUUCAGGUGUGUAGAGAUAACCUCUACUUCAUUUAGUACACAUUUAAAAUGACAGAAAAAAAAAUAGAAUCUGCUUUUUUUUAUUUUUUAUAAACCAUACAGCACAGAACUUAGCUUUUAAAGAAAUAAUUUUCUUUUAAACCAUAUACACGCAUGGCUUGUAUGUACUUAUAAAUAGUUGUUGCUGUUUUGUGCUUGGUGUAAAGAUAUUACCAUUGAAGAAAACACAACAGUGACAAAAGAAUAUAAAUAGUUUUCUACACACUGGAUUAAUGAAGAAGUAGUAGGGGACCACACAGUUACCUUAUUCAGUAUCUUUAAGUAGGAGUCCUUGUCUGAGUAUGCAUUCGAAAGGAUAAAAAAAAAAAAAAAAAAAAAGUGCUUUCUCUGGAUAUGUGCAAAAUUACCUUAAUGCAGAUCAGUUUGCUGGUCAGAAAUCUUACUGGGUAGAAUAGCAGAAGGUAAACUGUAUAAUGUCUUAUAGUGCUAUCUUGAAAAACUUAUAACAAGCUGAAGUUUGAUCGUUUUGCAUAGACUUGUUUACAUUUCAGUACCAGUGUUGUUCAUUGAGAAUUGAAGGAGACCCAGACCCACUUAUUUAUAGAUUAUUGUGGAAAGAAUAUUCAUUUUGCCAGCAUCUUCACAAAGCAGUUUAUGUUAAAAAAAACUGUUGUUUCCAACAUGAUUAAACACAUGAUUAAACAAUAAUCUGUGAUAAAACAAAAUAUUUCCUGUUUUUACAUUAGUUUGCAAGGUGUUUAAAUUGUAUCAAGGUUAUACUUGAUCAUUGAUUACGGUCUCUUAUUACUUCAAGGAAAUCAGGGAUGGAAAUCAGCUGCAAUAUCAGACUGUUCCUCAUGAAACAUCACCACCAGGCACGACUAUAAACUCUAUCAAAGACUGUCAGAUCAUGCUGUCUUGCCCAUUGAGUUAAAAACUAACUUGCAACAGGGAGAUACAGCUUUCAUGUAGUAUUACAUCAUACAUUAAAUCUGACCUGUGACAAACAGUCUGCACAAAAUAGUAGUCAAUACAUAUUGCACGAAAAACAAAACAAUCUCUUAACUAUUAUAUGCUGGCUCAGAAGAGCAAGAACAUUUUAACUGACAAAAUAUAUAGUUUUGAAAAAUCUGUAUUUUAAUAUUCAUGAUACAUACACAACCAAUCACAUCAAAAUGUAAAACAAUUUUACAAUGAACAAUUAGAACUUUCUAAUUGAUUUGCACUGAAAUAUUGUAAAAAUACCUUUUAGUCAUAAACCAGCUCACCGCAAUCUUGGAGCAAAAUUACCACUUUGUUUUAAAUAUAUAUUUUUAAUUCUGUACCAAAUACCUUACAUUUUGUGUUUUUGCUGCUGUUUAACUGUCUGGCUUUAACUAUGAUUUGAAUUCAAUUCACAAUGCAAAUUUAACAGCAAAACUAGUUUAACCUUAAGUGGAUUUUGUCCUGUUCUUUAUUUUUUUCCCCAAAAUUCAUUUUUCUCAAAACAUGUUAUGCACUUAAACACCGGAAAGUUUUACAAUAUAUGUUUUAUUAUUAUUAUUAUUAUUAUUAUUAUUAUUAUUAUUAUUAUUAUUAUUAUUAUUAUUAUUUUUUUUUUAUUUUUUUUUAGACAGUAGCUCGGGUUUACAAACAGGAAAUUUAAUUCAGGUGUAAUGAAAGUUAAAAUACUUCUCUGAUAAAGAAACAUGUUUUUUUUCUGAACUUUAAAACAGAUGACAAGGUUUAUAAUUAAAUAGUACUGUAACACCUCUUCCUCUCAAAAAAGGAAGGCUAUCCCGAAAUGUACAUUUAUUUAUAUAUAUUCUGGCAGAACAUGUCAUGGUUAAAAAUCAAUGCUACACAUUUUACUUUUAAAUAAUUUUUAGUAGAUUCAUUUUUCUUUUGCUGCCUUAAGAUGUUGUCAGUUGGAUAUAAACCACUAAAGUGAUGUACCACAUGUGAUGCACUUAGUACCGUAUUUGAAAAAGUUGUUAAAAAAUUGUAUGUUACUUUUACUGUAACUUAUUUUACUUAAAGAACACAUAAGGUAAAGCUGCCAAAAAUCACAAGUGUAAAAUGGGACACUCUUAAAAUCAGACUUGCUUGUUUUAAAACAUGGUGCUUUUAAAUAUAACAGAUCUAAAUCUUCAAGGAUAGCUGCCAGUAUGAAUAUCAUAAUGGCCUCAAUUAGCAUGAAAAUGUUGGUUAGCAUUGAGGAGACUUUACAUCCUUUUACAGCAUGCCUAAUAUAAACCACUCCAGUAACUGUGCAGUUACAAUCUGAAUUUAAACACUGUAGGAAAGUUGUGCAUAUGAUCUUUACAACUUGGAAUUCCCAUUGAACAUUUAGGAUGGAUGCUGAGCAAUAAUUGAAAAGCUGCAGAGAUUUAAAUUUUUUGAUUAAUUUCAUUCAAUUUAAUUUGAAGUUUAUUGUAUAGGGGUUUUGUCCAAAAGAUAUAGCGAUUGAGAGCACUUUCUUUCUAAGAGAGAAUGCUGUUAGAUUAUGUAUACAUAGGCUGUGAUAGUGUGUGUAUAAAUAGUUCAGCUCUAGAAUAUAGUUUAUUAUCGUCCGUUCAAAGAAGAAGAAAAAAAGAUGGUAGUAUACUUGCCUAGUCCGGGCAACACUGGUUAUUUUCAACAAACUGAAGUUGGUUUCGCUUUGUGACUGCUGUACUAAUUAUCUGUAAUGUAAAACCAGUGUAUUAUAAUAGUAUAUAUUGUACUAUAUUUUGAUUUGUACAGAAACUGAAGUUGUGAUUUUUUUUUGUUUCUUUCUUUGUUUGCUAAUAAAAUAAUUGAAGUUACUAAGGCAUUGCUGUCGGCAUGUGUGAUGAAUUUUCAACUAGUGAAAUAAAGUAAAAUGCUUCACA